AUGGACGCCGAUGGUGAUGGCAAGGUAACAACAGAAGAAUUCGUGGCAUUUGCAGAGGGACAGGAAUUAGGUCCUGUUGAACUGACACCGGAAAAUUUCGAUGCCAAAACCAAGCAGUUCAAAGCUGCUUUUGUGAAAUUUAUGGCGCCCUGGUGUGGACACUGUCAAAACAUGGCCAAAUCUUUUCAUGAUUUGGCAAAAAAAAUCCACUCUGAGAAUCCUGGGACAGUGCUGAUCGGGACUGUGAACUGUGAUCAACAGAGAGAGUUCUGUGAAAUGUUCCAGGUAGAGGGGCUGCCGACCCUCCUCCUCAUGAAGGACCCCGAGGUAUUCGAAGACGCUACUCCAGUCUUGUUUCAAGGAGACAGAAAUUUUGAAGGAAUGCUCUCUUUUCUCGAGCAGGAAGGAGUGUUGCCAAAGUAG